AUUGGUUCAUCUUGACAAAGUUCCGGUACAGCCAGGAGGGGCUUCCUCAGAGAUGAUUUCCGUUUUAUGUUAUUUGACAGUGACGAUUGACGGGAGUCCAUCAGCUCAGUAGCCAUUGAUGGACCACCCCUAUGAAGAAACAGGGUCACAAUGGGACAGAGUACCUCUGAACAAGAGGUCCAAGGAGACAACCCUGAGGACGGGUUUAAUAACAUCAAGACAUUUGUGGAGGAGGAACUACAGACGAGCAUGAUGGUGGGGAUGGUGAUUGGUGCGGGCAUUGCCAUAGUCCUCAUCGCCAUCCUCAUCUUCUUCAUCUUGCGGAGGAUCAAGCUUCGAAACAUAGAAGCUCAGGAGGCACCCAAAUACCGCUUUCGCAAGAGGGACAAAGUCAUGUUCUACGGGCGAAAGAUCAUGCGCAAAGUCUCACAAUCUACCUCUUCCCUGGUGGGUACAUCCUCCUCCUCUCGGCCACGCCUAAAGAAGAAGCAGAAGAUGCUCAACAUUGCCAAAAAGAUCCUGCGCUUUAAGAAGGAGGUGCCCAUCCUGCAGGCCAAGGAGCCCCCUCCCUCAGUGCUUGAGGCUGACCUCACCGAAUUUGAUGUCGCCAACUCCCACCUCCCCUCUGAGGUGCUCUACAUGCUCAAAAAUGUCCGUGUGCUGGGUCACUUUGAGAAGCCCCUCUUCCUGGAGCUGUGUAAACACAUGGUGUUUGUGCAGUUCCAACAAGGGGAGUACGUCUUCCGGCCGGGCCAGCCUGACUGCAGCAUCUACGUGGUUCAGGAUGGAAAACUAGAAUUGUGCCUUACUGGAAUUGAUGGCAAAGAAAGUGUUGUGAAGGAGGUUUACCCGGGAGACAGUGUCCACAGCCUCCUCAGCAUCCUGGAUGUCAUCACAGGCCACCAGAAGCCUUACAGAACUGUGUCGGCACGGGCUGCAGAGGUUUCCACUGUUCUCCGUUUACCUGUAGAGGCUUUCCUCUCUAUAUUUGAGAAGUACCCUGAGAGCCUGGUGCGGGUAGUACAGAUUAUCAUGGUUCGUCUCCAAAGAGUGACAGUCCUAGCCCUGCACAACUAUCUGGGGCUCACCAAUGAGCUCUUCAGCCAUGAAAUGCAGCCCUCGCGUCUGCCACCUCCGUCUCCCCACCCAACCCGCACCAGUCCCAUCCGGCAUGGCAAACGUUUUGGCAGCCUGACCGUUACAGAGGAGCAUCGGGAAGCUGCCAUUAAGGGUGAAGAUACAGGAGGAGAACAAGGGAAGGAUGGAGCAACAGUGCCAACUCUUAGCAGGACCAUCUCCAUGCCUGCGGACAUUGCUGGUAUGCAGAAAAGUCUCAGAUCAGACUUUGACAUGGCUUACGAAAGGGGACGGAUCUCUGUCUCUGCAGAGGAUGGCAACACUCCUGUGUUUACUAGGUCUGUAUGCCAGGACCAGCGGGAGCGGAGGGUGACAGUAGAUGAGGUUCCCUCAGGGAUCUAUCUGUAUCCGGAGGAAGAGUCGGGAGUGGACAAUAUCUCCACGCCUGUGUCCAGUCGAUCCAAUGCUGCUUUGUUUGAGGAAGCUCAGAAAGAGAUCCUCAAACUCAUGAAGAUUGAGGACCCAUCCUUGUUAAAUGGGAAAGUGACUCUGCACCAUGCAAAAGCUGGAGCUGUCUUAGCCAGACAGGGAGAUCAGGAUGUGAGUCUGCACUUCGUCCUGUCUGGUUGUCUGCACGUCUACCAGCGGAUGAUUGACAAGCAGGAAGCCGUCUGCUUGUUUGUGACCCACCCAGGGGAGAUGGUGGGCCAGCUCGCUGUGCUCACUGGAGAGCCCCUCAUCUUCACUAUCAAGGCCGUCCGAGACUGUACUUACCUCAAGAUCUCAAAGUCAGAUUUCUACGAGAUCAUGAGGGAGCAGCCCAGUGUGGUGCUGAGUGCAGCUCACACGGUGGCCGUCCGCAUGUCCCCUUUUGUCAGGCAGAUGGACUUUGCUAUUGACUGGAUGGCUGUGGAGGCUGGCAGAGCCCUCUACAGACAGGACGACCAGUCAGACUGCACCUACAUUGUUCUGAAUGGACGUCUACGUUCAGUCAUCCGCAAGACAAAUGGCAAAAAAGAACUAGUUGGGGAAUACGGCAGAGGAGACCUCAUCGGGGUGGUGGAGGCCUUGACCAGACAGCCAAGAGCCACCACUGUCCACGCUGUGAGAGACACGGAGCUGGUCAAACUGCCCGAGGGAACACUCAACAACAUCAAAAGACGAUAUCCCCAGGUGGUGACGAGGUUGAUCCACUUGUUAGGCCAGAAGAUUCUGGGAAACCUGCAGCAGGGUCGCGGGCCCUUCUCAGGGUCAGCCCUGGGUCUGCCCAGCGUGACAGCCAGUACUGAUGUCACCAACCCUGCCAGCAACCUCUCCACUGUGGCUGUCCUGCCUGUAUGUGACGAGGUGCCUAUCAAUGCAUUCAACAUGGAGCUCAGCCAUGCCCUCAGUGCCAUUGGGCCCACUCUGCUAUUAACCAGCGAAAUAAUCAAAGAGCGACUGGGCGCCUGUGCUUUGGACUGUAUCCAUGAGUACCGUCUCUCCGGCUGGCUGGCCCAGCAGGAGGACAUCAAUCGGAUUGUCCUGUACCAGACUGACAACAGCAUGACCCCGUGGACUCAGCGCUGCAUCCGCCAGGCUGACUGCAUCCUCAUCGUCGGCCUGGGGGACCAGGAACCUGCCCUUGGAGAGUUGGAGCAGAUGCUGGAGAACACAGCAGUUCGGGCUCUGAAACAGCUGGUCCUUCUGCACAAAGAGGAUGGGCCGGGCCCUUCCAGGACUGUCGAGUGGCUCAACAUGCGUAGCUGGUGCUCCGGGCAUCUUCAUCUCAAGUGUCCCCGCAGGGUCUUCUCCAGACGCAGCCCCAGCAAAAUAAGGGAUGUAUAUGAGAAGGUGUUUGAGAAAACGGCAGACAGGCACAGUGAUUUCUCUCGGCUGGCCCGAGUCCUUACAGGAAACAGCAUCGCCGUGGUGCUGGGAGGAGGCGGAGCCAGAGGCUGCUCUCAUGUGGGUGUGAUCAAAGCUAUGGAGGAAGCGGGGAUUCCUAUUGACAUAGUGGGUGGGACCUCAAUCGGCUCAUUCAUUGGCGCUCUGUAUGCUGAGGAGAGGAGUGCCGUCAGAACCAAACAGAGAGCUAGAGAGUGGUCCAAGGCAAUGAACUCAGUAUUCAAGACAGUCCUGGACCUUACCUAUCCCAUCACCUCCAUGUUCUCGGGUUCUGCCUUUAACACUAGCAUCUAUAAAGUGUUCCAGGAUAAGCAAGCUGAGGACCUGUGGCUGCCAUACUUCAACGUCACCACUGACAUCACAGCCUCUGCCAUGCGUGUUCACCAGGAUGGUUGCGUCUGGCGAUAUGUUAGAGCCAGCGCCUCCUACACCCCCUAUUUACCUCCCCUGUGCGACCCCAAGGAUGGCCACUUGCUUGUGGAUGGUUGCUAUGUUAACAAUGUCCCAGGUCAGAUUUUAAACACCCGCUCACCAAAACACAGCAAAACAUUUGAGCAAAUUCAAAUGAUCAAAUACUGGAAAGCGCUGUUGUUGGGACACUGUUUGGAGAUUCAAACAGCCUUGCUGCUCUGUCAUUGUUGCCAUUUACUUUUUUACCUUAUGCACAAGUCACACAGGGUCUCUGCGCAAGGUAAUGGGGUUUGCAGUGGUGUACAACAGAGUGUAAAGGUGGGCAGAACCACAGUCCUAGCCUUUGCAGGGAGUCGGCAACCUUCCUUUGUCCGAUCUCCCUCUGAUGUUGGGAUUGCGUUCUGUGUCGACACUAACCUGAAACAUAUAGCAAAAAUUAUUGAGAUGUUAUCCCCCCCCUUCCUCCUCCCUCCUUCCCUCCCUGGUGUGUCAGGCUCUCUGUGGCGCUAUGUGCGGGCGAGCAUGACCCUCUCGGGGUACCUGCCGCCUCUCUGCGACCCCAAAGACGGCAACUUGCUAAUGGACGGUGGCUACAUCAACAACCUGCCAGCGGACAUUGCAAGGAACAUGGGCGCCAGAACAGUCAUUGCCAUCGACGUGGGUAGCCAAGAUGAGACAGACCUCUGUAACUAUGGUGACAGCCUGUCUGGCUGGUGGUUGCUGUGGAAACGGAUCAAUCCCUGGGCAGAGAAAGUAAAGGUGCCAGACAUGGCAGAGAUCCAGUCUCGGUUGGCCUAUGUGUCUUGUGUGCGGCAGUUAGAGGUCGUAAAGAAGAGUGCUUACUGCGAGUACAUCAGACCGCCCAUCGACCGCUUCAAGACCAUGGACUUCGGCAAGUUUGACGAGAUCUAUGAUGUGGGCUACCAGCACGGAAAGUUGCUGUUUACUGGCUGGGCGCGAGGCGACAUUAUCGAGAACAUGCUGAAGGACCACCGUUCAGCCGACUACAACGACAGCAAGAGAACUGACUCCAGCACAGGAGCUGACUUCACUGACCUUGCAGAGAUUGUUUCCAGGAUAGAGCCAGUCCAAAGCUACGUAGCUGCAGAAGCGGAGGAGUCAGACUGUCUGACAGAGUACGAGGAAGAUGGGAUGGACACGGUGAGAGAGGAGGAGGGGGAGGAAGAGGAGGAGGAGGCAGAGGACCCUGAGGACCACUCCCCUGGAGAGUGGGGCCAGAAUGGAGUCUUUCAGACUGAUGAGGAGAAAUCUGUGAGACAACGCAGGAAACUCACCAGUGACUCCAACACCUCCGAAGUCUCUGACUGUUGACAGAGGGCCAUGGAGGAGUAGAGGGAGUUUAAACAAGACCAAGGGCCAAAUUACGGGUCCAUAAACUGUCAAGGCGAGAAACAUGGGACGCCACUCUCAGCUCCUGCAACUUCUGAAACUCUGAAAUACGGAUUUUGUUUUUCUGCAGGAAAUUGCCGUUCAUGCCCUAAAUUGUUGAACCUUCUUCGCAUCAAGUGGCUUCCUCCUCGCACUCACACUGGCUUCAUUGGUUCACCGUCAAAAAUGAAUAUGGUUUUGAAUAGGAACGGUCUUUUUAAUGUUUACCCCACCCAGCGUUUCUCUCAUCACUUUCACACCCAACCGACACAUUGCCAGAAGCCCUGCCUGCCAACUCCCAAACCUGCCAAAACUGGGACUCCCCUAGCAACCUACACAACAAAACAGGGACACUUAAAGCUUCCAAUUCACUCUCCUGUUUCUCACUUUCAAGUGGCCAGAAGGACCUUGUCUGUGUCUCUGAAUCUGUACGUGUGUCUAUCCGUACAUCUUCAUUGCGCUCCAUUUUUUACGUUUUUACCCUGUUACGUGGCCCUUUCAUUUCUUGUGUGUGCUUGUUCGGAUGAGUAUGUAUACGUUGCCUGUGUGUUAGGAUGACUGUUUGCUGUGAUUUUAUUUUUUUUUUUAAAUAAUAGCAGGAUACUGAAAAGAAAAGUAAGAAAUACAUGCAAUUGAGCUGUAGUUAGUAAUAGUAACUUUAGCAUUAGUAGGGAGUCAGGAAGGGGAAGCUGUAGGAGGAAUAGAUGUUCAUGUAGACGCUAAAGUAGACUUUUUGUUGAAUGAACCGAGCAGAACGAGAAUUGAUUCAAAUUAGGAGACAUUUAAAGAGAAAGACGCGUUAAUGAAUGUAAAAAAGUUUUGAAAUAAAGUAGGAAGAUAAAAGUGCAUGGAUGGAAGAAAAGAGAUGGCCCACUGAGUUAAGUGUUCUUUUAAUUUAAUUUAUUUAACAUUCACCGAGAAUAGAGUAGAGGGAGCUUGAUUCACUGUAGGUUGACUAAAUUGCACAGAGGAGGGGGAAAAUGUGUAAUGUAAAUUAAUUAAGGGUGAAUGAGAUGAGUUCAGUGAGUGGAUGACAUUGUGUCUGCGUAUGUGAAAUGUAGCGUUUCAGCUGUCAUGUUUGAGAUGAUGCCAGAAAAAAGACGAUGCCUUGUCAACCAGUGUUCGAUCCACUCACAGUGACUGUGGAGAAGAGAGCGCUCAUUUGACUACACACUAAACAACAAACCGGUGUGUGCCCGUCUCUACUUGCAGGAGGUCACACAUACAGUACUCAAGGUUCCUGCAUAUGGUGGACAAUAAGGUGUGUAUGAGGGUGUAUCUGAGACUGUACAGCAAUGAAAAUCUUUAAAACCUAGCCAACAAAUUAUUGUCGGAUAAUACGCAGAAACCCUGAGUACUCCUUAACUUCAAAUGUGCAGAAAUUCACCUGAUGCAAGUAUUAACAAUUAACAUGGACCUAUUGUAGAUUGUAACAGGAGUAUAUUAUAAUAUACACAAAGUUCAUAUUCAUAUAUGUAUAUGAUGUGGAGAUUUGUAAGUUGAUGCUUUGCUGCAAAACAAGGGAACUUACACCUAAACAAAAAAAAAGGGUUUCUUCUUUUAAAAUUAAAGUUUUAUUUAUAAGUGUUAA